AUGUCGCAGCCAAUGUCGUCGUCGCAUGUCAGCAGCUGUUGCAUUCUUAAGCUGGUAUGCGGUGAAACUGAAGUCACGGUGGAGCAGGCUGAUAUUACAACCUGUGCUGCCGACAUAGUUGCGGUUCCUGUUGAUCGUCAAUUUAGCUUUUCGCAUGGGAUUUCCCGUUGUUUAGCGGCUGCAGCCGGUUCGGGUUUUAAGAUCGAAGUUCGUGCUACAGUUGGUAGUCGUAAGAAGAUUUCUCACAAACCAGGUGAAGUGAUUAUAUUCGGAGGGCAUGAUUUGCCUUUCGGUAAGAUUAUUGCCGUAGUAUCCUCGCAUAGAUUUGAGGAUAUCAAAAUGCUAUAUGAAAAUGUGCUGACGAGUGCCGAACAAGCGAAGGCGUCUUCUUUGUGUUUUUCUGGGAUUGGGACAGGGUAUUUGGGAGUUCCGAGUGAUGUAGCCGCUGUUUGCGCUCGAAUGGCUUUAUCUAAUUAUUUGUCUGCAGAUAGAUCCAAGUUUACCUCACUCAAGCACAUACGCAUUGUGGAUUUGGAUACCAAGAUAGUUAGAAGUUUUGCUAAAGAACUGAAGAGUUUGUCAAACACGUGUCUCAAGAAGGACGAUUCUGCCUUGCCAGGUGAUGAAGGUGAAGAACUUAGUUUGGUGUUCAAAGAUUCUGCACAAGGUUCUGAUAACGCACAGGUGGAUCAAAUAUUCUUUUCAUGCUUUCGACGUGUUGAUGGGUUGUCAGACGAGGUAUGCCCUGUUUGCUUGGAUAGUUUGUCUCACGGAUCAGACAAUAAUGUAAUUAUUGAGCUUUCAAAAUGUAAUCACAAGUUUCAUGAAGAAUGUAUUAAGCAGUCUUUUACUUGUGUGCAAGCCCAGUGUCCUGUUUGUAAGAAAUGGUACGGGGUUCCUCGGGGCAAUCAGCCAAUUGGUGGUAAAAUGAAGGUCAGAAUGCAAAUAGGAGAAGUCCCGGGCUAUCCGGAUGCUAAGGGUUAUUUUGAAAUAUAUUAUUCGAUCCCAGGAGGUGUUCAGACAGCGGAUCAUCCUCGUCCUGGCGUGCCAUUUUCUGGUACACAGCGGUGGGCAUACUUGCCCAACAAUGCUGAAGGAGCUCAAGUUCUUCGUUUACUGCGUUUAGCAUUUCGGUACCGUUUAAUUUUUACUGUUGGAGACUCGGUAACUUCAGGGGCCAGGAACGUUGUAGUAUGGAAUAACAUACAUCAUAAAACAUCUAUUUAUGGAGGGCCUUACGGGUAUCCUGAUCCAGAGUAUUUGGAUAGAGUGAAGGAGGAACUGGCUGCUGUAGGUAUUACCGAAGAAUUAUUUGAAGGCAGUCACUUGUGA